CAGCAUUAAAUUAUAUUUAUUUUUUAUUUGUACGGAUAAAAUGCAUUAUAAUUUAUAUACGAGGUAAAAAUUCAUUCUAUUAAAAUGGAAAAUGUGAAACAUUCGGGACUAAUUUUCUACUGCUCUACCAGUAGCCACAGCCUUACUGACUACGAAUUAUGGAGGAAAAUAGCUGAGGAUAAAGCUCACAUUGAAGACCAAUUUUCCAGGAAGAUGUUGGCAUGGACAGCCUCUGUUCGCAAAGAAUUGUCCAAUAUCCAAACUUACAAGGAUCCACACCUGACAAAGUCCCUUGAAAUGGAACUAGCGUUCUCCAACUUGAGGGCUGACCAGGCGGAACGUAACUCGAUAGCCUUCACACGACUAUCACGACACCUGGAGAGAGAGGCUACCGAGGUGUCUGACGAGUACACGGGCCGUAUGAUGACGUAUCGACACUUGUUGAGGACACUGAGCAAAGCGUCCGCCACCUGUCUGCAACUUCAGCAAAAACUUGUGAGGAAACGUGCCAAGUUGAAGGAGCAUCUAAUGGCUAUAGCCCGGUUGGACGAGAGUAAGCAGGGCGUCGCCCCGGAACUACAUGGUAACGUGAAGGAUAGUCGGAGACGUCUGGACGUAGCGACCAAUAAAUGUCGUCAGGCUCAACAAAACCAGACCUCUAUCGUACAGGAGGCCAAAGAGCAAUCAGAGAAGCUAAAGGCGUCCUGGAUUCUGAAGGAGAUUCAGCAGUCAGAAUUCCUAGUCCAGGAAUGGCGUCAGUGCCUCUCAGAGAAGGUGACGUCACUGGACACCGACGAUAGAGAGUACGAGUGUGGAGCUCUGAAGCUGUCUCAUUCUGUGUCCGUACAUGAAAUGGUGGAACGACUUGCGGAAAACAAAAAGAAGGAGUUCCUCAUCAAGGAGUUGGAUGUGGACACUGACAUAAGCUUGUCGCCGCCUCUGUCGCCCGUCUUCUCGCUCACGGAUGUCGCUCUCCUGUCCGGUGUAGACAAUGACCCGGUGGUAAGGCUGGACAACACAUCAGACGACAGGUCAUUCGGAUCGACAAAUCAGGACGGAAGAAGAGUGGAACUAGAGGUCAACUACCAUAGGCCAAAAACUUACGACGGAGUCACCAACUUCAUAUACGAAUCUAACUCCAUAGAGAAGAUUGAUUGUAAUGACGACAGGAAGGUCGCUCGGUGCAGCGGAACGUCCAUGAAGACCUUCCUCCCCGGGAAUGAAUUCAUAGUCCAGCCCAUGGGACAGGGAGAUUGUGUGAGUACGGCGAUGCAGUCGAAGAAAGGUCCCGUCCCUCGGGGAGAGAGAGACGAGUCUUACCACGUGGUUGUCACCAAGGACUACCGAAAGCGGUCUGGUCGGGACAUCUCUAUACGGCGUGGUCAGAAGCUGGAGGUGUGUUCUAUGGCGCCCAGAGACGGGAUGCUGUUCGGUUACAAGAAAUGUCGGUUUAGCGGCCAAGAGAAAGGAGGAUACUUUCCCGAGGACUGUGUUAUUGUAUACUAAAGUUUGGGCUGUUUUUGUAUUAAAACAACGAUA